AGAGAGUAUAAAUGUUUUAGCUGUUCGAUAUUGCAAUAUCAUGAUCAAGUUAUUAGGUAACGUUUUCUGAUGUUUUGAAGGAAGUUCUAGAUCCUUUCAAGCCAUUUUAUCAUUCUUCUAGAGAGCUUUUUCGUACCCGAGAAGAAUCGUUAAACGUUUCCGGAUGUGUUCUUCAUUUUCACUUUCGGCUAGGCCUUGCACUGGGCCAGAUAAUGGCAAGUUCUUGCACUCAAAAUCCUUGGUUACAAGAGCAAGAGCUGAAGUGAUCGCAGCUCCUAAGAGAUCAAGCCAACGUGCUUUUCCUCGUCUAUUAAAACAUGGAAUUCCUCAUACUGAUCUUCAAGUACAUGAAAUUGUUGAGAGGCAGUCUCAGGCUAACAGCUUAAGCAAGCAAGAUAUCUGUAGAAAGCCGGAGUUCCAUCCAGCGUUUCUUGAAGAAGCCUACGAAAGGUGCAGAAACAUUUGCGCCGAAUAUGCCAAGACUUUCUAUCUAGGAACUCGGCUGAUGACAGAGGAGCGACAGAAAGCCACAUGGGCAAUUUAUGUAUGGUGCAGGAGGACAGAUGAGCUGGUCGAUGGACCUAAUGCAGUGCUAAUGAGCACUGCUGUUCUUGAUAGGUGGGAAGAGAGGCUACUAGACAUCUUUGAUGGACGCCCCUAUGACAUGCUCGAUGCUGCACUUACUGAUACAAUUUCCAAGUUCCCUUUGGACAUUAAGCCUUUUAGGGACAUGAUUGAAGGUAUGAGAAUGGAUACGAGAAAAUUCCGUUAUGAUAAUUUUCAAGAGCUCUAUCUUUAUUGCUAUUACGUUGCGGGCACAGUUGGCCUCAUGAGCGUUCCAGUUAUGGGAAUUGCAGCAGAAUCUGAAGCUUCUGCUCAAAGUAUUUAUAAUGCGGCACUGUACUUGGGUAUUGGAAACCAGCUUACAAACAUUCUUAGAGAUGUGGGAGAGGAUGCUUUGAGAGGGAGAGUUUAUCUACCACAAGAUGAGCUUGCACAGUUCGGGCUAUGCGACCAAGAUGUUUUCGCAAGAAAAGUCACUUAUGGAUGGAGAGAGUUCAUGAAGGAGCAGAUAACAAGGGCAAGAUUCUAUUUCAACCUUGCAGAAGAAGGGGCUUCAAAGCUUGAAAAGGCUAGCCGGUGGCCAGUAUGGUCAUCCCUACUAGUAUACCAAAAAAUCUUGGAUGCAAUUGAGGAUAAUGAUUAUGAUAACUUCACAAAACGAGCUUAUGUUGGAAGAACGAAGAAACUUCUCACAUUGCCCCUGGCAUACACAAAAGCUCAAUCAAUGUCUAGCUUGAUCCUUCAGUAAAUCAAGAUUUUGUCAACAGCCCUAAGGUGGGGGAGUUAUGACAGCAAACAGUGGAGAAGUGGAGUGAAUAGUGAAACAAGAUUAUGCUUGUGUAUCAUAGAGGAAAUCGUCGAAGUUUGAAUGUUUGUGAGAUUGGUUCAUUAUUGCUUAUAUCAGGUUCUCAAUUCUCUGAUAGAACUAAAAUUUUCAUGGAAAGUAAAUUGCACACACA